AUGGCGUCAGAGUCGCCGCGACCCGCCUCCCCGCGCGAGGCUGAUCCCGAGCAGAGCACGCCUGCGGAUGCCCCGGCCGACGACAAACGAAGCUCCUCUGCAACGCCAGACGAUUCUCGCGACGGCGGCGACGAUGACAAGGCUGCCGCGAGUUCCCCAGAGUCGGGCGAGGCCAGCGAGGGCGCGUCCCCCGCGACCGCCGACGACGAUGCGCCGCCUCUCCCCAACGAAGCCCCGCCGCUGCCCUCAGGACCGCCUCCCGCCGCCGAAGACGACGGCUGGGACUUCCAGUGGGAUCCAACCUCCAACGCAUACUUCUUCUUCAACCGCUUCACGGGCAAGACGCAGUGGGAGAACCCGCGCGUGCAAACCGGCGCCGCCGCGGCCUCAUCCUCAACCGACACGGGAGCAGCUCCCGGCACCACCGCGACCGCCGCGCCUCUCCCGUCAGGCCCUCCGCCUCUACCGGCAAACGACCGACCCGCCGCGGGCGGCUACAAUCCCGCUAUCCACGGCGACUACGAUCCGAACGCGUGGUACGCGCAGGGAGACAAGACGAACGAGGACGAGGCGCAACAGACCGCCGCGCUCGCGGAACAAGGCUACGGCGCAAUGGCACAGUUCAACCGCUUCACCGGACAGUUCCAGGCGGCGGGCGACGGGCCGGACCGGCACUCGGACGAGGCCAAGAGCAGACGGCAGAUGAAUGCCUUCUUCGACGUCGACGCCGCGGCCAACUCCCACGACGGGCGCAGUCUCAAGGCCGAGCGCAGCGGCAAAAAGCCCACGAAGCAGGAGCUCAAGCAGUUCAAGGAGAAGCGACGCGCCAGGAAGGAGGAGAAGCGCAGGGCCUGGCUGCGCGAUUGA